AUGGACGUCGCUGCCCUCUUCCUCUCUCGCCUCCUCCCCCUCCUCAUCACCACGGCCAUCGUGGGCGCGGCGCCGCUGGACCCACAGCAGCUGCUGACGCUACGCGCGCUCGGCCUGGGUGCGCACCCGCGCGCCGACCCUUGCGGCGCGGGCGCCACCGUGGGCGCGGCGCUCGCGCCGUCGCUUCGGGCGCUGGCAUUCUCCGACUGCCCGGCCACGCCGCCGCGAGCUUUGCCCCUAGAGCAGCUGGCGUCUGGGCUCCAGGCGUUCUCCUGCACCGCCUCGCUCCACAGCCUCUCCGCCGUGUGGCUCUCUCACCUCACCAAUCUUCCAGAGCUCACCGUCGCUGACACGCCCCUCGCCACGGGCUCCCCAACCGAGCUCGCAGUCGUCGUCUCCCACAUGGAGCGCCUCACCCGUCUCACCAUCUCCAACGCCAACCUCUCUGGCUUCCUCCCGCACCACUGGCAUUGCCCCAACCUCACUCACCUCGACCUGUCUGGCAACCGCAUCACCGGCGCCAUUCCAGACACCCUCACGCUCCUCGCCGGCAUCACCCACAUCAACCUCAGCUCCAACGUUCUCAAUGGGCCCAUCCCCACCUCCAUUGGCGAUCUCAUUUCGCUCACCGCCCUGGACCUGUCCAAUAACACAAUCUCCGGUGGCAUCCCCGACACCCUCUCUACGCUACCGGAGCUGGAGGUGCCCAACCUGGGCUCCAACCGGCUCAACGGCAGCAUACUGCUGUUCCUGGCCGAGAUGCGGGGGCUGAGGGGCUCAACCUGGAGAACAACGACUUCGACGGCAUGGUGCCGUUCACCGCCAAGUUCCUGUCCAGGCUGCGCGUGUUCAGGGCCGCCGGGAACGGCAAGCUGUGCUACAACCGGCCGUGGGCGUGGCGCCGUGCGACAAGUACGGGUUCCCGGCGCUGCCGCCCCCUGCCACGGCGCGGUCGGAGCGAAGCGCGGACUACGACGACGGCGGUGGGGACAGAGAGGCGGACGCCGGCGCCGACACGAGGGGUGGACCCAACGCGACGGUGCUCGGGUGGCCAUUGGGCUGUCCUGCCUGGCGUUCCUGGUCAUCUUGCUCGUUUGCAUCUGCAAGGUGUGCCGCUGA